CGAACCAAACGAUUUUAUUUGAUUGCCGAUUCAUUUCAAAAGGAGAAUAGAGGAUUAGUAUUUAAGCAAUAACAAGGGCAGCACCAAGGGAAAGUGUAGCAAGUACACCCUGGUACAGCUUCAUGGUCCAGCUGGUUUGUCUGUCACUUCCAGCGGCAGAUUUAGCAGCAGGGCUGGCAGCACCAGCUGCAGGUGAAGCACCCGACGCAGGUGAAGCACUGCCAGAUCCACCGGUAGUUGGUGCGCCAGGAGUAGGUGCACCAGCACCAGCACUGGCACCAAGUUUACCAGGGAAGGUCACAGUGGCAAGAAGUCCGUUGGUGUUUUUUUCAAACAGACGCAUCUCGGUAAAGGAUUGCCAGUUAACCUGACGACCUGCUACCUGUGUAAAGGCAAAGCUGAACUUGGCAGGGUUUGCACUCUGAGCAACAGGGGUAUCGACAAGGGUCACUCCAUCAGAGCUGCCAGGAGCACUGCCAUACCAAUAAGAUUCACCAGCACCAGUAAAGACAAAGUCGGUAGCCUCAAAAUGACAGCCAUCAAUGAUAGUGAUGGAGCCUUUUACAGUUAGAGGAGCACCAGCAAUAGUCACUAGAGGGAUCUGUUUGAUUGGAAUAACGGCAGUAGGCUUGCCGACCAGAGCAGAGUACUGGAAGUUCGCGGUAUCACAGAGGCCAUAUGGGAGACUCUGAGCAUUGACAGAGUUAUGGACAGUGGCAAGCAGUGCAAAGGCGGUAUAGAGAGCAGAUGUGGUUGAGAUCAUUUUGG